AAGUGAGAAAAAUCAAACACCACAGCAAAGGAGAACUACUUCUGCUACUACUCUUAUCGCCUCUUCGUCUUCGUUAAUCGCCGCCGCUUUCGUUAAAUCAUGAAUGCUGAUCAGUAUGGUACACGGGACGAAAAAGGGUAUGAGGAACACUACCUAUAGCACAUACUCAAGGUAUUGAAGUUCCUAUACCACGAUUCGGAACGCUAGUACCUGGUUCAGGGAAUGCAGAACAGAAAGAGUUCAAAUAUAAUACAUUGAAAUGAGUCGCCCACAGGAAUCACAAAGACCUCUCUUCCCCUUUGGAAACCCUUUCCGCAUGAUAUUACCCAAGGGAUCACAUCUCUCUCCCAGGUUGAUUGCUCUUUUAAACAGUUUUGAGGAAGCCUUGGCAGAGAGGUUGAGAAAGCUUAAGCCAAAGGACAGUGAAGAUGUGUUGACCUUGUCUUGGAUGAGACUUGCAAUGGAUUCACUUUGUGCAGUACAUACAGACAUAAAAACAUUAAUAACGGCUCUUGAACUUCCUGUAUCCGACUGGGAUGACAAAUGGAUUGAUGUAUACUUGGACAAUAGUGUUAAGAUGCUUGAUAUAUGCAUUGGUUUUUCAGCAGAACUAUCACGACUCAAGCAAGGUCACCUCUUUCUCCAAUGUGUCAUGCGCAAUCUGGAUUCCAUACCUUCAAAGCAAUUCAUACGUGCACGAUCUUCACUUGAUGACUGGAAGCAUCACAUUACUUUAAAAAGUUCUAAAACUGAGAAUUGCUUUUCCGUCUUAGAUAAUCUUGUUGCAACACUUAAUGAACCAAAAGUCAAAAACUCAUCCAAAGGGAAAGUUUUGUUGCAUGCUAUGUACGGUGUUAAGGUACUUACUGUUUUUGUCUGCAGAAUAUUUGCCGCUGCUUUCUCUGGUUCUUCAAAGAAGUUAAUGGAUCUACAUGUCCCAGAAAAGUACUUGUGGGCAGAGGCUUUUACCAGCUUGCAGGCUUUUGUUAAUGGAGAAAUAAGAACUAUAUAUUCCUCUGGGGGUGUUACUGUAUUGAAAGAACUCCAAGCAAUUCAUGUUGUUGUCAAGAAGCUGUACCCCUUAGUUGAAGAUGGCCCCAACUCUAUGGAGGCUGAAGAGUACAAGAAUUGCAUAUCAAACUUGGGGAAGAGUGCAUCCAGUUUCUCAGAAGGCUUAGAUAUCCUCUUAAAGGAAGUAGAUGGCUUCUUCCAAAUUCUUCUGACGGGACGUGAUGCCUUGCUAUGUAACCUGAGAGUGGGCACUGAUGUUUCUAGCCCUGUGCAAAGAAACAGCAAUCUAGAACAAGUCGUGAGGUGAAUCUUUUUGUCUUUCUUAUAUAUAUAUGAGUGUAGUUUGCAAGUUCUAUGUAAUCGGGUGGUUAGAAAGGUAAAGUAUAUGUGGGAGAAUAGUUGUCGUGAAGGUAGCAAUUUGUCAUGUGUUAGGGUUCUUGUGUUUCAUAUGUAUUUGCUUUCUUAUCUAUUGUCAAGUUUAUGUAUAUGGUGGUCUUCUAUGUUUGUAAUCAGAACUAUAUGUAAAUUGUUCAAAUUUAAAGGAAAUGUUUCUAUU